ACUCUUCUCUCCCUAUCAACACUCACCAAUACUAAUGGCAAUGCUUCAUUCUUGAAUCAUCUUCUUCUCUUUCUCUUCUCUUCACUUCUCUUCUGACCAUUUAAUUUUCUGUUUCCAGUUUUGAUUCUCUAUUGGCCUAUUGGAUUUAUGUGUCAAGAAACAUAGGACUAACCAACCUCGUACAAAUCAAAUCAACAUUUGUGGCAUAAUCAAGCAAAAAAGAAAGAAAAAAUGUCAGGUGUGUCUCUAGCUACCGCUCCUACAGUAGUGUCAGAAGAAAAAGUGGCUACAACAGAAGGAACAAGCACAAACCAGAAAACUCCUGCAAAACCUUCUGGGGGCAUAAUGGGGUCAUUGAGAAUGAUAGAACUUCAGCUUGUUGCAUUCAUAUUAGUUUUCUCAGCAAGUGGACUUGUUCCAAUUCUUGAUCUUAUCUUCCCUGCAUUUGCAACUCUAUACAUAUUAGCACUCUCACAAUUUGCAUUCCCAUCACAUGAAUCUUCAUCAUCACCAUCAUUUCAGCAAGAGAUCUUUAAGGGUAGCAAGUUGUUUAGGAUGUAUGUGAUUGUUGGAACAGCAGUGGGUUUGUUCUUGCCAUUGGCUUAUGUUCUUGGUGGAUUUGCAAGAGGGGAUGAGCAUGCUGUGAGGUCAGCAACACCACAUUUGUUCUUGUUGUCAUGUCAGAUUCUCACUGAGAAUGUUAUUAGUGGAUUGUCUUUGUUUUCACCUCCGGUGAGGGCGCUGGUGCCCAUGAUUUACACUGUCAGGAGGAUCUUUGUUGAUGUUGAUUGGAUUCAUGAUGUUUGGCUUAACAAGACUUUGUCUGCAACUGCAAGCCUUCAGGACAUAAUAUGGUAUUGGUUUGGGAAGGGUCUUGCAGUGGCAAACUUGGGAUAUUUCUCCAUGAAUCUGUUUUUUUUCUUGAUACCAAGGUUCCUUCCCAGAGCUUUUGAGAAGUAUUUGCAACAGAAGGGAGAGAUUUAUGCCAAGUCAGCAGAGGAAAAGAGGUCUUCACCAAUCACCAAACCCCAAUCUUCAGAGAAGAAGACAGAAUAAACAUAACUCAGUUUUGAAACAGAUAUAGCAUUUUUUGCCCCUCUUUCCCUUUAAUUACAAUGAUAAUGGAUGUACCAAGAUCUAAAGUAACUUAACUAUUUAUGAU